UACACCGGGCGGCCAGAGGGCGGCGGGAUAUGCUAAUGGCCGCCGAGUCGCAGCUGACGUACUCGCGCGCGCCUGCUUACUCAGCAGUUCAGGGCCGGUCGCACGGCAGCGCAGGGCAGACCACCGUCGCAUUAGUACUGAGGCCGUACCCCCGGUGGCUUUCCUCGCUCCACAGGAUCCGCAACUGGGCACGAUGGUCGCGGUAGAGCUACUCGCCCACGAGAUGUCCAUCAGCAACUACCUGUUCUACUUCCUGGUGACCAUCACGUCGUGCUUGUUCGCCUACUACUACUGGGAGAAGAGCCGGCAGAUCGCCAAGAUCGGAAACCUACUCCCGGGGCCCGACACACUCCCGGUGCUGGGCAACAUCCACUUGCUGAUGAACGUGAAGUCGCCCCAGGAAGCUAUGUCCAAGCUAAUAGAUGUUACGGCACCAUAUAAAUGUUAUGGUAUUGGAAGAGGAUGGCUUGGUCCUAAGCUUUUGGUAUUCCUAGGAAAGCCUGAAGAUAUAGAGAUGAUCCUCAGCAGUCACGAACACAUAGAGAAGUCAUCCGAAUAUCGCCUGUUCCGGCCUUGGUUUGGGAAUGGUCUUCUCAUCAGCACAGGCGACACGUGGAGGAACCACCGCAAGCUGAUCGCGCCCGCCUUCCACCUGAACGUGCUCAAGUCGUUCCUGGCCCAGCUGAACGCCAACAGCCGUGUGCUGGUGGAGCGACUGCGCAAGGAGGCCCUGAGCGGCGGCGAGUUCGACGUGCACGACUACGUCGCCGAGAUCACCGUCGACACGCUGCUGGAAACUGUGAUGGGAGUGAAACGGCAGGAGCAGCAAUGCAGUACCUUUAGUUAUGCCAUGGCUGUCAUGAGGUUGUGCAACAUCAUCCACCAACGUACAUACAAGAUAUGGUUCCAGAUCAAGAAGCUGAACGACUUAUGGGGCUAUGGAAAGGAAGAGGCUCAUCUGUUGAACAUCGUGCAUGACUUGUCUGAAAAGGUGUUUACCUCCAAGAAAAGGGACUACUUGCAGAAGCUCUCAGACGGUCCGGAGAAAAUCGCAAUGGAACAUGAAGCUGCUGACAUGGAAACUAAGGACACUUACUUCGAUAACACUAAGGGAUUAACGGAUGACCUCGAUGAAGACAUAGGAGAGAAGAAACGACUUCCAUUUCUGGAGCACCUGAUAGACACAAACCAAAACGGUGGCCCGAUAUCCGAGAAAGAGAUACGGAACCAACUGGAUACCAUUAUGUUUGAGGGUCACGAUACAGUUGCAGCAGGAUCCAGCUUUUUAUUGUGCAUACUAGGAUACAGGCAAGAUGUCCAGGACAAGGUGAUGGAGGAAAUGUACGAGAUCUUCGGCGACUCGGACCGACCCGCCACCUUCAACGACACGCUGCAGAUGAAGUACCUGGAGAGAGUGAUCCUGGAGACGCUCAGGCUGUUCCCGCCGGUGCCCAUCAUCGCGCGCAAGAUCAACAAAGACGUUAAAACAGCCUCCGGCUACACGAUCCCGGCCGGGGCCACCUGCAUCAUCCCGCAGUUCUACCUGCACCGCCUGCCCGAGGUGUACCCCGACCCGCUGACCUUCGACCCGGACAACUUCCUGCCGGAGAGGACGAGCAAGCGCCACUACUACUCCUUCAUCCCCUUCAGCGCCGGGCCCAGGAGCUGCGUGGGUCGCAAGUACGCCAUGCUGAAGCUGAAGGUGAUGAUCUCGACGCUGGUGCGCAACUACAAGGUUCUGGCGGACAUGCCGUACGACCAGUUCCCCCUGCAGGCGGACAUAAUCCUCAAGAGGAGCGACGGCUUCAUGAUACGCGUCGAGGAGAGGCGCAAGGCGACCGCCACGUGAACGCCGACUGCUGUAAUUGCCGUUGGUUUGUCACGUGCCGUGGUGUCCUUCGUCUAAGCACGUUGGCUGAUAUCUCUGACAAGAGCCCGUCUAUUCAAAUAUAUAUUUUUUUAUUGUUUAACAUAUCACAAGAUUAUCUCUUAUGUGCAGACCAAAAUGUAGGCAUUGUUGUGUAAUUAAGUGACAUUUAUUGUAAAUUAUUUUCUAUGUAUGUAACAAAAAUCUUAAUAAAGGAACAAAAA